UCUCCAGAGGGACUAGGAGCGUGCCACUGUGAAGAAGCGGGGCUAUGCAGACAACGCAGAGCAGCGGCAGGAAUACCAGCAGCAAAGCUGGCUGCAACAGCGCUGGUGACCUCAAGUCUAGCGCGUCCAAGAAAGGACAGUCGAGCUGCCCUCUGCGGUCCUCCUAUUUCAUCGACAGCAUCUUAGGAAGUGGCAGCGGCAGGGGCAACUGCGAGGAGAGUCCUGCAGACGAAGGAGGGGCGAGGGUCAGCGAAACGGGUCGGGGUGGCCGCCAGUCAGAAGUGAAGCUGCUGCCCCCUCAACUGGACCCGCUGGAAGAACCCGGGUCGCAGGCACAGAGCAUCAUUCACGAGAUGGAGACUCUCUAUUCCAAUGAUAUCAAAUCCCAUCACAUCUGCGGUCCGGGAAACGCCAGAGCCCACGAGCGUCUGCAGCACGCAGCUACCCGGGGCGAGCAAGAGGUAGAAACAAGUGGGAAAACAGAAGACAAGCCCGGUGAAAGACUGCUGGAAAACGCGAGUGGGACGCGCCUGGAGCAGAAGUGCGGUUCUCCGGGUCACUUUGACAGGUCCUGCUUCAACAGAAAGCAGCGUCGGUACAGAACCACAUUCACGAACUUCCAGUUAGAGGAGCUAGAGAGAGCUUUCAGGAAAUCUCACUACCCAGAUGUGUUCUCAAGGGAGGAAGUAGCCAUGCGUCUUGAUUUAACAGAAGCCCGCGUGCAGGUUUGGUUCCAGAACCGCAGAGCGAAGUGGCGGAAGUGUGAGAAGGCAGCCGUUCUCAGUAACGCUCCCGGCUUAGCCAUGGCGAGCCCCCUCGGAGUGUAUCUGGACCUUCCCCUGAACCAGCCCUCGGCUCUGGACCCCGCUUGGAGAUCCACCCCUAUCCCGGUACUCGGGCUCCCCCCCACGGCUCCAGCCUUUACCCCCGCCGCCCUGGGAAACCUGGGCCUCGAAGCGCUGACCUGGGCCUCCUUCCUGAGACACCCUCUCCUCAACCCACAUUUCAACAGAUUCUUCACAGCAGUAAGCCCCCUGAUGGGCACACCCUCACUGCUCAUGAAAUCCCCUGGACAGUCCUUCGAACCCGCUUCCCUUGCCAUGCCAGACCCCAUGACCAGCGAAAGAAAAACCUCCAGCAUCGCAGAGCUCAGACUCCGAGCGAAGGAGCACUCUGCACACGUGCCACCGCAAGAUACCUAACCAUCAGAGACUGCUGUACUGUGCCUGCAAAACCCUGGCAAACGCUACCCUGCCCAAGCAAUGCCGUGUGUGAUGCAGCAGCCCAGGGGCAGGCAGGUGGGUUCUGUUACCUGCAUCGAAACCAUGUUUGCUUUCACCAUAACUCCUAAGUCAUGCACAGUGUGAUUUGUAUGCUGUGUGCUGCACACAAGGACUUUGCACACAGUGUUUCAAGAAUGCAUAUACAGUAGUUUUAAAGAGAUGGUUGGGCAGAGGGCUUUCCCUGGUGCUCAGGUUUGUUAUGUACAGGCCUCCACCUUUGUAGCCCUGUAUUGAGGAGUCUUAGUUAAGAGACCAUGCCAUUUGUGUUCCAGCUCUUUAGGAGAAUGCCAGGGCAAUGGCACAUAGGUGGAAUGGCAUUAUGGAGCAAGUGGGAGCCAUGACCGCACUGCCUAAUAAUAACCAGCUCUUAUCCUCUACCCCCUCCCUCGUUUCUCUCUCUCUCUCUCUCUCCCCUUCAGUCUCUGUGUGUAUAACUGGACCACGUUAACUCUCCUCUCUGUAUAUAUUUUAUAAUGCAUAUGUGUUUUUUUUAAGUUGUGGCAGGGCAGCUUCUCGAACUCCAGAGAGUUCACACAAAGUGUUUUCAAAUUUCUACAAAUUAAAAUGAGAAAUGGUGACCGAAGGGGGUGUAUUGGUGGCUAGCAGCACACCUGCAUACGCUGGCUGUUCAAAUGCAGGUCGUUAAGAGCUGAGAUAUUUCCUGUUGUAUUCGUUUGAUUUACUGUAAGCGUCCAUCCAUAAGUCAUUCCACCCAUCUCCUCACUGUUAAUGAGGGCUCAGUGUUGAGGUUCAUUUCAUGAAGUCAUGUUUUCUCCUUGUUCUAUUGCGAUAUUCAAUCAAACCCUGAAACACACUAUGAAUUCACUGCAGCUCAGACUACUUGUAAACCAAAGUACAAAACCUUGUGCCUAAGUGUAGCAUUUUGUAACGUAUGUAUGUAUGUAUGUAUGUAUGUAUGUAUGUGCGUGCGUGUGUGCGUGCGUGCGUAUGUAUGAUCAGUAUUUCUAGUGGUUCAAAACUGCAAGUUCUAAACAUAUUCAACACUUUGAAGUAUUUUGUUAGGAUUGUAUAUGUAAAACAAAUCAGCCCAAAACUGUAUCUUUCACUGAAUAAGAAAUGUGCAUUGUAAUCAAAUGAUCUAGAUGAUUUUAUUAGACUAAAGUAGGCUAUUUGAUAUUAAAGUGA